AUUUCCUACCGUCCGUGAACGCAGCAGUCGGCGCGAGCCCUAUCCUCUCGCGCUGCCGCGGCCGCCCGUCAGUAGGUCAGUAGUAAACCAUGUAAAGAUGGCGGAGUUACAGAUGCUACUGGAGGAGGAAAUUCCAGCUGGACGGAGAGCGUUACUGGACAGUUUCACCAACCUGGACCGAGUCGCGGAAUAUUGCGAAAGCAACUAUGUCCAGUCAACAGACAAGCAGCAAGCACUGGAGGAGACAAAGAGCUACACCACCCAGUCUCUGGCUAGUGUUGCCUACCUCAUCAACACACUGGCCAACAAUGUGCUACAGAUGCUUGACAUCCAGGCUUCGCAGCUCCGCCGCAUGGAGAGCUCUGUCAACCACAUCUCACAGACGGUUGACAUUCAUAAGGAGAAGGUAGCAAGGCGGGAGAUUGGCAUCCUGACCACCAACAAAAACACAUCUCGUGCUCAUAAAAUCAUUGCUCCAGCCAAUCAAGAGAGACCUGUGCGCUACAUCAGGAAGCCCAUUGACUACAGUGUUCUGGAUGACACCGGACAUGGAGUCAAAUGGUUGAUGAAGUUCAAGGUGAAUGGCCAGCAGAGUCAGAAACUAGGAGGGAACCUAUCCCGGUCCACCCCUCCAAAUCAAAAACCACCCAGCCCUCCAAGGGCAGGCAAGGGGAUCUUAGGGAAGAACUCCCCGUACAGGACUCUGGAACCAGUGCGCCCCCCAGUGGUUCCCAAUGAUUAUGUGUCCAGUCCAACCAGAAAUAAUUCAGCUGCUGGACAGCUUCCCAGUCCGGGUCGGACCGCCACGCUGAACCAUCGGCCCCGAACAUACAGUGGCAGCAGUGGAGGCAGCCACCCCAGCAGCAGCAGUCGGAGCAGCAGCAGGGAAAACAGCGGUAGCGGCAGCGUGGGGGUUCCCAUCGCCGUGCCCACGCCCUCCCCACCCUCCACCUUCCCAGUCUCCCCGACUGCUGGACCAUCUAGCUCCUCCUCCACUGCUCCUAACUCCUCCCCCUCUCCCUCACCAACCCCUUCCUCGUUCUCGUCUUCCUCAUCCACCACAACAUUAACUCAACACAAUGCACCUCUUCCAUUGAAUUCCCCAUCACACAACACAGACUCAUCUAUCAGUAACACCCCACCACCACCUAACCCUGCCCUCAGCACCCCUGAAGAGCUUCAGUCUCUCCCUCCUCCUGCCCCUCCCUCCUCCUCAUCACCUACAGAAGAUUCUGUGGUCCAGUUCUACAGUAUGAACCGGCCCCAGCCUCGACAGCCAGCCCAACAAGUGGGGGGGUCGCUGCCGUACCGCCGACCCCCCUCUGUGACUGGUCAGCCAAUCACAGUGCAGAACCAUGUCAACGGGGGUCCCCACUACAACCAGAGCCCGGCGUCCCCCCCUCCCCCCUCCAUCCUCCAGUUCACCCCUCAGCUGCCUCUAAUGGGGUUUGUUGCUCGAGUCCAGGAGUCCAUUUCAGACACUCUUCCUCCCCCUCAUCCAUCUGCUGAGAGCCAGGCAGAACCCAAGGAGCCUCCAGCCCCUCAACAGCCAUUAGAGGAUGGACACGGGGAGGAGGACUCUGCUGUGGUGGAGUACAGUGAUCCAUACGCUGAAGAAGACCCACCCUGGGCCCCCAGGAGCUACCUGGAGAAAGUUGUGGCCAUCUACGACUACACGGCAGACAAGGAGGACGAGUUGUCAUUCCAGGAAGGAGCGAUCAUCUAUGUGGUGAAGAAAAACGAGGAUGGCUGGUUUGAAGGUGUGAUGAAUGCCACCACCGGCCUGUUUCCUGGAAACUACGUGGAGUCCAUCAUGCACUACGCCGACUGAGAAGUCCUGUCUUUGGGCAAAACUCUGUUGUGCUUUGAUGUUUUUUUAGGUUUGCACAAACUACUAACAAGCAAAUAAUUCUUCACUUUUAUUAUUAUAUUACUUAUUUAUUGGAUAAAUAUUCUGAUGCCUUUUGUUUAGUCUUUUUAAGGUUAGGCUCUUAAAAACGUUGCACUUGUUUUGUAGAAAAAUCCAGAAGGUUUAAAAUGUUAUUGUGCGUUACGGUGAAAACGUUCUGACUCUCUCUCUUCCAUAGAGUCUCAUGUUUUAAUGAAAAUGUCAGAUUUUGAUUCCAGACAUGUUGGCUCCAGCAACUGAAUAAAAAGCUACGGAUCUAUUAGAAAAUAUAAAUGUGUGCAAAUGCUGCGGGGUGUUUAAAUCAACAACGACGAGCCAAAGUAGGGGCAACGCCGCAGUGAGAUGUUUAUGACUCGUCUUCACUUGUCAUCUGAAAUCUGGUGCUGAUCCAUAACUGGCAACGGCCGUGACACGCCGAACUGUCGUCACUCUUUGUUCAGAAACAAAGACUAAAGUACCUGGAUUUGAUCACAGGAUGUCUUUCUUACUUCAUGCACCUUUAAAGUCCAGAUUAUAAUUGCUAUUUUUACCCAGCUGCUAGUUUUCAGUCAGAUAAUAAUAAUAAUAAUAAUAUUCUCAUAAAAACUUCACCUAAGACCAAGCAGCUUUAAAGUUUCUAUAGAAAGUAGAAACCAGUGAAAAUGUUUACUAAUCUAUGAUGCAAUGACUUUCCUCGUUCCUGAUGCAGCUUUAACACACAUUCUGACUCUGGCGAGCAAGACGUGCUGCUGCAGUAACUUGCUGCUGACGGCUCCGGUGGAAAGAAGGGGUGAGCCGUCUUCAGCUCCUCUUUCAUUCAGAUGCUUUUUAAACACCAAAACAUUCAACCAAAAAGAAGUGGCUGAUGAUGAAUUAUUAUACGACUCAACGAUCAUUAUGUUGGGUUUAUUGGGAAGCUGCACGUUUCAUCCGUUCAUCUGAGCCAGUUUUCAUUGAGGUGUUGUUCUGCUGCAGACCUGGACUAUAAGUGCCAUGUGGAGAUUCUGGACCUGUUUGUCUGCAUGCCUGACCAGUGGCUGGUCGAUUCCCUUAUGUCUUUAUUGAAUAAGUGUGUGUGUGCGUUUGUGUGUGUGUGUGUGUGGUAACCAGAGUAUGGCAGAUCGAACUGAACGUUUUUGCUAAAUGAAUAUAGAAGUAAUUACCAACACUAAAUCAGUAAUGAACAGACUAAAUAUGUUUAAUAAAUCCCAUGACUUGUGUUUACAGAACAGCGUCAACCAAAUUAUUAAGACAAACUGAUCAGCUGAUCGUCCUCUUGGUGUUGUUUUGACUGCAACAUCCCUUUAAACAAAGUGUAAACUAAGAGAUUAUCUGGGGAAUGGAUCAUGUCUCCAAAACUGAAUUUUCAUUUACUCUUCUUUUACAUAUUUUCAGUAACUCCAUGUUCUUUAAGGUAAGAGUUGAACAUGUGCCUGAGUCUGUAAAUGUUGGUUUUCCUGUUUAAAGAGCAAGUCACCCCCUGCCAGAUUCUUACUCGACUCCCACUUCCUGUUUGAAAAAUGCAACAAAUGCUGUUGCCUAGCAGACUGAGAGGGCGGAGCCUCUAACAAAUACACACACUCACGACAUUGUGACAUCAUAAUGUACCAUCUAACAUCAUAACGUACCUCUUAGCCAAUAGUGAUGGCAUGCAGUGCUGAGUUUUUGCCUGAUGACGGUGCAUCGCUGACAGUUUUAGGCAGAAUAUUUAAAUUUUAACUAAGAUGCACUAGAGUGCUGAAUUAUUGACUACAUGUGUCUACAGCACAAUCAGACACUCAUUUAUAUAGUUUAUCAGCAAAAAAAAUGGUGAUUUGAAGUGACUUGCUCUUUAACCUCGUUCUGUUCUUCGCUCUGGAAGUAGGAGGUGUCUAGAGAAAUCAUCCUAACUCGAACCACAUGGCUACUUUGUAAGAUGAAAAGUGAAAAGAUUAAAUGUUUAAACAGUUUUAGCGUUGUUUAUUUAGCACAUGGUUCCUUUUAACAAUGUUGUUGGUUAAAACUGUCAGAGAAAAUAAACAGUUGUACUCA